UCACCAGUUACCAGAUUGAGUGCGAAACAACACAAAACCAGAACAAAACAAGACAAUACCAUACAAGAUAACAACUCUUUGCAUAUAAACAUAACAUGUUUUUGCUUUCCUCAGACGACUUUCUUCCUCAUUCCUUUCUUCUUCUGUCCUUUAGACCCCCUUAAUUUAUUUUCUCUCACUUCCCCCACCUCCAUUUUUUCAUUUAUUUUUGAUCCAAUUCCUGUUUUAGUUACUACCCUUUGAGUUAAAUCUACCAUUCUUUCACUCAUUUAUCUAAAGAAGUUAUUUUUCUUUACUUGCUUGGUUAAAGUUUUUGUUUUUCUGCUCUGAGUUUAGCUCAAAAUUUCUUCUUUUGAGUUUGUAUAAGCUGAGGUUUGAGUUUUAGUCAUAUUUAGUCAUAGCUGAAACUUAAAAAAAAUGAUUCUUGAACGUUUUCAUUUCUUGGUUUCAUUCUCUGUUCUGGUUCUUGUUUUACAAAUCAAGUUUUGUUCAUGUUCCUACAACACACAACCCAUGAAUUGUACGGACACAACUAGGUUAUGCACAUCUUUUUUGGCGUACGAGAUGAAGCCAAACCAGACACUAGCGGUGAUCCAAAGCAUGUUUGAUGUGUUACCAGGGGAUGUGACUGUGGAGGGGAAUGGUAAUGGUUACAUUUUUGUGAAGAAAAAUUGUUCUUGUUUGUCAACGACAAAGAAUUAUGUGUCCAACACAACAUUUACAGUGAAAUCCAAUGGAGGGUAUGUGUAUGAUGUGGUUGUAAAUGCAUAUGAUGGGCUUGGUUUCUUGAACGGUACUUCAAGGAUGGCUAGAGUUGGGGAAGUGGUGUCGUUGAGGCUGUAUUGUGGGUGUUCAAGUGCGUUGUGGAAUUAUUUGAUGAGCUAUGUGUUGAAAGAGGGGGAUACUUUGCAGUCUUUGGCUAGCCGGUUUGGAAUUAGUAUGGAUAGUAUUGAGCAAGCGAAUGGGAUUGGGAAUCCUAAUAAUGUUACUGUUGGUAAUGUGUACUACAUUCCAUUGAAUUCAGUUCCUGGCGAGCCUUAUCCUGUGGAGAAUGAUAGUCCUCCUGCUCCAGUUCCAGCACCAUCUGCUGAUACCUUUGAAGCUAUUGAAGUUGAUCAUAAGGAUCACGUGCCAUAUGGAUGGAUUGUUGGGGGUUUGGGGGCUGGACUUGCUUUAAUUGUAUUGAGCAUAGUUGGCUGUAUUUGCUUAAGGUCUUCAAGCUGCUUUACUGAAGGCCGAGGAAAUUCUGCUAAAGAUCGCAGUGGCAAGAGUUCCCAAAAGUUUCACAUUCUUCGGAAGCCUAGUUUCUGUUGUGCUUCAGGAAGGUAUGUCGGCAGCAAGUCUGGGGACAACAAGCAGACUACUGCUGAAGCUAGCCACCCUCCAGUUACCAUCCCCAAAGCUCUUGGCACUGACGUAUUUGACAUGGAGAAGCCGGUAGUUUUCACAUAUGAUGAUAUUCUUUUCUCAACUGAUGGGUUCUCUGAUUCAAAUCUUCUUGGACAUGGAACAUAUGGUUCUGUGUACUAUGGCAACCUUCGUAACCAGGAAGUUGCUAUCAAAAGGAUGACUGCUACAAAAACUAAAGAAUUCAUGGCUGAGAUGAAAAUCCUGUGCAAAGUUCAUCAUACUAAUCUGGUAGAAUUGAUUGGCUAUGCAGCUACAGAUGAUGAGCUCUUUCUUAUUUAUGAAUAUGCCCAAAAGGGUUCACUCAAAAGCCAUUUACAUGAUCCUCAGAACAAAGGUCAUACAUCAUUAUCUUGGAUCAUGAGGUUACAGAUUGCACUUGAUGCUGCUAGAGGUCUUGAAUACAUCCAUGAACACACUAAAACCCAUUACGUCCAUCGAGAUAUUAAGACAAGCAACAUCUUACUUGAUGAUGCUUUCAGAGCAAAGAUUUCAGAUUUUGGGUUGUCAAAACUUGUUGGAAAAACAACUGAUGGAGAAGCCUCAGCAACCAAAGUUGUUGGUACAUUUGGUUAUUUGGCACCAGAAUACUUGAGUGAUGGCCUGGCCACUUCCAAAAGUGAUGUGUAUGCAUUUGGUGUUGUUCUUUUUGAGAUCAUAUCGGGGAAGGAAGCCAUCAUACGAACUGAAGGCAUGGUGACAAAAAAUCACGAGAGACGGUCAUUAGCAUCUGUUAUGUUAUCAGCACUUAGGAACUCACCUGACUCAAUGAGCAUGUCAAGCUUGAAAGAUUACAUCGACCCUAAUUUGAUGGAUUUGUAUCCCCAUGAUUGUGUAUUCAAGGUGGCCAUGCUUGCGAAGCAAUGCGUUGAUGAGGAUUCUAUCCUUCGUCCGGACAUGAAGCAAGUCGUAAUUUCUCUGUCACAGAUCCUCUUGUCCUCUGUGGAGUGGGAAGCAACCCUUGCUGGGAACAGCCAAGUUUUUAGUGGCCUUGUCCAAGGAAGAUAAUAAUGGAGGCAAUAUAUUCUCUCCCACCCCUUUAAUAUCCUCAUUUUUUCUUUCUUUCUUUCUUUCUUUACCCCACUUGUUCCUUUUUCCAUCUUUAUAGCUAUGUGUGUAUAGUAGAACUGAUUUAAAGUGGCUAUGUAGUGGUGUUAAUAGGUUCUUACAAAUUCUUUUUCUUGUUUUUUGUUAUCCCUCUUGUUUCAGUCUUAAUUGAUGUAUCUCAUUGAAGUUUCAUUUGUGUGGGAAAAUUUUGGUGUAAUGCAAAUCAUAUAAUUCGUUAAAAGGUAUUCUUAACGUGUGUCUUAA